CUGUGCCACCGCGCGCGUCCCCGCCCCUGCCGUGCGCUCUCGCCACGGGGAGCCGGGAGGGCGGCGUGCAGUCGCGCUUCUUCUCCGCGGGAGGCUGCGGCGCCGCGCGGGUGGGUGGGAACGUGGCGGUCCUCCGGGCGCUGCGGCAGGGGCGACAGAGCGCCAUGGCGGCCGCUGUGGCUACAUCAGCCGGUACCCGCGCUGCGGCGACGUGAGAGGACGCCUCUUCUUUCCCACAACUGAGGAGGCCACGGCUGCCCGCCUGCCUGCAUUCCACGCGGGCCGCGGUUGCAGCAUGGCCGGGAUUAUUAAGAAGCAGAUCUUGAAACAUCUGUCCCGGUUCACUAAGAAUCUUUCCCCGGACAAAAUCAACCUGAGCACGCUGAAGGGGGAGGGUCAGCUCAGCCACCUGGAGCUGGACGAAGAGGUUCUGCAGAAUGUGCUGGAGCUGCCCACCUGGCUGGCCAUCACCAGGGUCUACUGCAACAGGGCCUCCAUCCGGAUCCAGUGGACCAAGCUGAAGACACAUCCGAUCUGCUUGUGUCUGGAUAAGGUGGAGGUGGAGAUGAAAACCUGUGAGGACCCUCGCCCCCCCAACGGACAGUCUCCCAUCGCCCUUGCUUCAGGACAGAGUGAGUAUGGCUUUGCAGAGAAGGUGGUGGAGGGGAUGUUCAUCAUGGUCAAUUCCAUCACCAUCAAGAUCCACUCCAAGGCCUUCCACGCCUCCUUCGAGCUGUGGCAGCUCCAGGGUUACAGUGUCAACCCCAGCUGGCAGCAGAGCGACCUGCGUCUGACCCGCAUCACUGAUCCCCGCAGAGGAGAGGUUUUGACAUUUAAGGAAAUAACUUGGCAGACACUCCGAGUUGAGGCAGACGCCACAGAAAAUGGUGAUCAGGACCCAGUUACCACUCCGCUGAGGCUCAUUACCAACCAGGGCCGGAUCCAGAUAGCUCUCAAGAGAAGAACUAAAGACUGCAAUGUGGUGGCCUCCAAGCUGACCUUCCUCCUGGACGACCUGCUCUGGGUGCUGACGGACUCACAGCUCAAGGCCAUGAUGAAGUACGCUGAAUCGCUGAGUGAGGCCAUGGAGAAGUCGGCCCAGCAGAGGAAGAGCCUGGCACCUGAGCCCGUGCAGAUCACUCCACCUGCUCCCAGCGCCCAGCAGACCUGGGCCCAGGCAUUCGGUGGCAGCCAGGGCAGCAGCAGCAGCAGCCGCCUCAGCCAGUACUUUGAGAAGUUUGACGUGAAGGAGUCUUCCUACCACCUCCUCAUCUCCCGCCUGGACCUGCAUAUCUGCGAUGACAGCCAGUCCCGGGAGCCAGGUGUCUCUGCAAACAGACUUACGGGUGGGGCCAUGCAGCUCACCUUCCGCAAGAUGGCGUUUGACUACUACCCCUUCCACUGGGCAGGUGACAGCUGUAAACACUGGGUGCGGCACUGUGAGGCCAUGGAGACCCGGGGCCAGUGGGCCCAGCAACUGGUGACAGAGUUUCAGAGUCAGGUGGAGAAGCGGUGUGAGGGGAGCAGUGUGAAGCCACUGUGGCAUCUGGGGAUAGACCCUCCCUUCCAGAGGAAAGCAGAUUCUUUCUCUAGUUCUGGAAAGAUUCCUCUUGACAAAAGCCCUACCCAGGGCCAGCAGGCUGCCUUCGGGUCCCCAGCAUGGAGCCGCUUACGCUCUAGCUGCCUGGUUGUCCGAGUAGAUGACCUGGACAUCCACCAGGUUUCCACAGCUGGACAGCCAAGUAAGAAGCCGUCCACUCUGCUCUCCUGCAGCCGCAAACGCCACCGCCUCCCGGCUCAGGUGGCUGCCAUCCAUGUCCAGUUCACGGAAUAUUACUUCCCGGAUAAUCAGGAGCUUCCGGUUCCCUGUCCCAAUCUCUACGUCCAGUUAAAUGGGCUGACGUUCACCGUGGAUCCCGUCAGCUUGCUUUGGGGAAACCUCUUUUGCCUGGAUUUAUACCGAAGCCUGGAGCAGUUCAAAGCCAUCUAUAAGCUGGAAGACUCGCGGGGAAAAGAUGAGCGCUUGGACAUCCGACUGGAUGCGUUCUGGUUGAAGGUGAGCUUCCCCCUGGAGGCUAGAGAGCUGGCGAAGCUGCAUCGUCCCCAGGCGCUGGUCAUCUCCACAUCAGGUGUGAUUGCCACCAACACCCGGCACGCCCCGAACUGUGGCUGCCCAGACCUCCAGAGUCUCUUCCGUGGUUUUGCUGCCACUGAGUUCUUCCGUUCUACCUAUGCUCAUUUUCCCAAGGUCCCAGGGGGCUUCAGCCUUCUGCACAUGCUCUUCCUGCACCACGCCUUCCAGACGGACUCCCUCCCAGCCCAGCCCAGCCCCCUCCCUCCUCAGAGGCCAGCCGCAUCCCAGGAUCUUUGGUCCCUGUAUUUCACCCAGGUCUCCUUGGACUUUGAAGGCACAGAAAACUUCAAAGGCCACACCUUGAAUUUUGUGGCUCCCUUCCCCUUGUCCAUUUGGGCCUGCCUUCCUCUCCGCUGGCAGCAAGCGCAGGCCCGGCGACUCCUCCUGGCCUCUGAGGGCAGGCUAAAACCGUCAGCCAGCUUUGGCAGUCCUGUGCGCUCUGAAGCUCUUGCCCCUGAGUCUGUGUCCCACCAGAGGUCAAAGACCGAACGAGACUUGAAGAGCCUCUCGGGCGCCACAGAAGCCCUGGAGGGUGGGCGAGAAGGUAACGCGGGCGUGGACCACAAAGGGCAUGCAGCAGAGCCCGAGGAUGUGGCGGAUGUUCACGUGCUCGUGCACUCCACGGCUCACGUCAGAGUGCGGCUCGACCACUACCAGUACUUGGCCCUGCUGCGCCUCAAGGAGGUGCUUCAGGGCCUUCAGGAGCAGCUGACCAAGGACACAGAGGCCAUGACUGGGGCUCCGCUGCAGGGGCAGACGGCGUGCAUCGGCGUUCUCUUCCCCAGUGCUGAGGUGGCUCUCCUCAUGCACCCUGCCCCUGGGAGAGCUCACGCUGACUCUGCAGGCUCAGACACCACCAGCCUCAUAGACUCAGAGCUGUCGCCAUCGGAGGACCGGGAGCCCAAGUCUGAUGCCUCCUCGGACCUGGGCCCAGUGAGCCCCGACAAGGUCCCGAGGGACAGCAGUGCUGAAAACCUGGCUGCGUCCCAGGAGAGGCUGCACAGCGAUGGAGAGCCACAGGCCUUUGGUCCGCUUGUUCAGCGGCCAGCAGGGAGGAGCCACGAGGCGGUCGAGUCCCUCCAGGCCAAGAAGCUGGGCAGAGCUCAGACCGCCAGCUCACCCACCGCGCUCAAGUCCCCAGCGCACGGGGACGCUGCCCUGAAUGGACAAGGCGAGCCCGUGCCCCUGAGGAGCAUUGAGGGGGACCUGUCCAGUGCUAUCCACAUGACCAAGGAUGCCACCAAGGAGGCCCUCCACGCCACCGUGGACCUCACCAAGGAGGCCGUGUCCCUCACUAGGGAUGCCUUCAGUUUGGGGAGAGAUCGAAUGACUUCUACCAUGCACAAGAUGCUGUCCUUGCCUCCUGUCAAGGAGGCCACGCCCAAGUCAGAUGAGGGGGCUGUGGCCCCAGUGAGUGGAGGCGCUGCCCGCCUCCGGUUUUUCUCCAUGAAGAGGACCGUCUCUCAGCAGUCAUUUGAUGGCAUCUCACUGGACAGCGGUGGCCCCGACGACCGGAUUUCGGUGGACAGCGAUGGCAGUGACAGCUUUGUGAUGCUCCUGGAGUCUGAGUCUGGUCUGGAGUCUGUUCCACCGGGAUCUGUUACAAGCGUCUUGGAUGACAGUGGCAUCCAAGGGAGCCCUGUUACGGAGAGUGGUGGCCAGAGGUUGCCAGAAAGCAGCAGCUCGGUGUCGGCCGGCGGAGACCUCGCCCUGCAUGCGGUGUCAGUUCUGGUCCUGAGGGUCAACGAAGUGUCACUUGGGAUUGAGGUUCGCGGUGAAGACUUGGCUGUAGCCUUGCAAGCAGAGGAGCUGGCCCUGCAGCAGCUGGGUACCGUGGGACUCUGGCAGUUUCUACAAGGACAGUGCCCAGGCCCAAGCUUUCAGGAACCCUCAAAUCUGAAGACUGACCCCGUCGCGCCUGCUGUGGGUCUGCGCUUUGAGGUGGGGCCUGGUGCAGCUGUCCAUUCCCCGCUGGCCCCACAAAAUGGCUUCCUGCAGUUCUUACUUCGGGGCUGUGACCUGGAGCUGUUCACCUCAGUGCUCAAUGGUCUGGGGCCUUUCUUGGAGGAUGAGGACGUCCCGGUGGUGGUCCCCAUGCAAAUUGAGCUCCUGGACUGCAGUGUUACUCUCAAGGAUGACAUCCCUCCGGUCUACCCAACGUCCCCUGGCCCCAGCCCGAUCACUUUGGCAAUGGAGCGGCUUGUGGUGAAGCGAGGUGACGACGGUGUGUUUCACCUUGGUGCUCCUGCGCAGGACAGACCAUUGACUGAAGCCCCUGAGAAGCUGCAGCCCCGUAAGGAGCAGGUGCUCCUGGUGCCCGUAGGACAGGGCUUGGGACACCAGGAGAGAGAAUCACCUACCCUACAGCAAGAGCUCCUGGACACCAGACAAGCCCUGGCCUUUGCCAACCAGGACAAGGAGAAACUGCUCCAGGAAAUUAGGAAAUACGAUCCUCUCUUUGAGCUUUGAUGGCCGCUCAGCCAUCCCGGCUACGGCUCUGGAAAGAAGUUAUCACCAGCAACAGUGUCACCUAGGACAGGUGCUGAGGAGCCAGCGGGCUUGGGAACACAGCCACUGCGUGUGCGCCUCCUGCUGGCUGCCAGCCUGAGUGGAGGACCCGGCAGAGCAUGGCUGCGUUCAGGAACUGGCUGGCCGUGUCCCUGGCCCUGCACCGUGUCUUGCCAUUACACAGCCUCGUUUUCCUCUGCACACUAGAGGAGUCUUCUCCACGCUGUAGAGCGUUUCACCUCCUGGGCUCACCGCAGCGGUGUUCGCUUCCUUCCUGGCCAGUGUGAACAAGUGUCCCCGAGUCACGCACACAGCCACCGGAGAUCCUGUGUCCCCGCGCUUCCGAGUAGAUCAGGAAAUAGGCCGUCCUCAGGGGUUGGGGCACAGGAGGCCUGUGAUCAGGGUGAUGUGGACUUGCCUAACUUGGAACGGCAGCUGGGCGUGGAUCAUCUUGGCUGAUGUGCUGGGUCAAGCUUCCCUGUUGAAUCUCUUCAUUGCGAUGCUUUGACUAUGAGGUGGCCAGAUCAUCCUUCCCUGCAUAAGGAUUGUUUGAUGUAAGUUAGGACCGUGCUCAGCUGAGAGCAUGAUGGGUGGGGUACGGUUCCUGUUUUCCCAGCUGUCCAUGACCGGUCACCUCCUUUCUGUCCCUGGAGUCCUUGGUCACCUGCUUUCCCAGGAUAGCUCUGUCUUUCUGCCUGUGCUGCCUUGAGCACUUAAUAGUCUGGGAGCUAAAUGUGCUUAUGUUAGGCUUCCGACUCCGCUAAACUUAGCCGUGCCCGCCUCGGUAUGCCGCCUCACCCCCCUCUAUGCUGUGGCUUUUUAAAACCAUGUGAUUUCAGCGUAAGUAAAAACAAAACCAAAGUCCUUGCAGGUUUCCUUCCGGCCCUAUGAGAGUGUCCCCUGGCCCUUCUGGCUGUUGAAGCGUGGCUCUGGUGUCCAAGUGCUGUCCCCGUGGAAGCACAGAAGCCCCAGCCCGCUUCACUCGGCAGAUGUCCUGUCUGUUGUGAGCUGGCGAUGCCCCGAGUCCUGACUGGCUGAGGGGAUGAAAGGAGAAGCACCAUCCCGUGUAAAACAGAACACAUUUAUGGAGGAAUGAGGUCACAUUGCUUCAGACUGAAGAACCAGUCAUGCUCUUCACUAAGGCCAAUUUCAGAAUACCACAUCUUACAGGAGUGUGGUUUGUUACACUGAGGAGACAUAGUACAGAUUUGGGAAUAACAUCUGGAGACAGUGUUACCAGGUGAAGUUCCUUCAUUUCAGAUUUUUAUAAAUGACCUAGAACUUUAAAUGAAGUCAUUUGAUGUCAUACAACUUGUAGACAAGACAAUGAAAAAUAGACCAGAAGAGAGAAACAGCCAUAAAGGUGCAGGGAAGUGAGCAAGGGCUGUGAGCAGGCCACAAGACAGGAGAGGCACAGCACAGCGGAGGGCUGGGGCGUAGCUCCCCGGUCACAAACACUAUCGCAAAAAUAAAGACUGUGUAUUAACAACAUACUCAUACUCAGGAAAGAAUCCAGCGCCUUGCUGAGUGACCAGGGAGCAGUGUGACGCUGUGGCCUAAAGCCUGAGGUGUUCAGCGCCAUGCGGGGUGCCUCAGCCGCGGGGCGCCUCAGCAGCGGGGCGCCUCAGCCACGGGGCACUUGUGUUGUAUUUAUUUACCUAGGAGAUGGAGAAGUGAAGGAAGGUUUAGAGAACAAGGUGAAGACAUUGGCCUGCAAAGGUGGACACUGAGGGGAACAGAGAGGGGGAAGACCACACAGGAGUGGGGACCCAACCUUGAAACAUUAGUUCUGGGGCCCUGUCACUGCCUCCAGGGAAAAAGAAAACACUCAAGUCAGAAACUGGAAGGGCUUGUUGGAGAAGUGGCACCCAUGUUUCUGACGUUCUUGGGAGAGAAGGGAGAGCCAGUAACUAGAAAACAGAAUUUUUCAGCCUCAGGAUCACCUGAACUGGUUUAGCCACAUCCUUUCCUCUUCUGCUCACUACACCCUCCACGCCUAGGAAAAGAUUUCUGACAAAGACUGGUGUGCUUCACCCUUGAGCUUGCGGUAGAAACCCAUUUUGUGUUAAGGAUAAUAAUGCCUUAGUGACCGGAAGGUGAGGGUUUUGAGCUGGGGGAGUCUGAGGUUCUUGUCCACGUGUAGACAGAGAUGUAGAGUUUUGGCUUCCUUUAUGCUUUGGCCUUUUGCGUCUUGAAACCAUCUCUCAGGAACCAUGGUAAGAUUAUUAUUCCAUGGCAUUUCAAUAAUGUCUUGUGAUUCCAUUCCCCUAUUCACUGGGGGAUGAACAGGAGAGACUUGGCUGUAGUGAAACUAGCUGUGUGGAUCUCCAGGGUAAGGGUAACAGAAAACACAGUAGGACAGCGCCUUUGGAGUUUAGCAGUUUGUAACACAAAAUAAUACCUCAAGAAGACUUGAGGAGGGCCCGCAACACUGUCCCUCAGCGUCCACCCACUGCACACAGCCCUCCGCUGUAAAACCUUACUGCUGCGUCAUCUGUGAUUGUCUAAAUUUCCUGUUUACAUGCUUGUGCUGGGAACACGCGCUGCUGUGUAGACCUAGAGUCUGCUAACUGGACUUCAGAGACGGCUGGUCAUCUCUGUCAAGUCACUUUCAGUUUACUGAAAUGAUGAACGGAGUCUCUGAUGGAGCCAACAUGGCUUCUCUUUCCCCAAGAGCUGUUUGCAGUUUUAUUUCCAGACCUUACUGUGCUGUGGGCUGCACUCUUUAUGUGCUCUGUGCUGAGAGAACUGGGUCUGUGAAGUAGAAAAGGUUCAUGCCACACCUCACAGACCCUGGAACCAAAUAUCUGCAGUGUCUUCAUGUUAGUUUCUCCUUAGCAGCUCCAGAGAUUGCGCGUUGCAAAGGUUGUGUGAGGUCGCCUGGGUGGGAACUUUCUGUUCCAGGUCCCUUUCUUUCAUCCAUCUUGAUGCCUAGAUUUCAACCCAAGCUAGCAGAGUAGCAUCUGGUUCAAACCAUGACAGCCUGGACCUGACGUAGUUAUGAACUCUUGGAGGUGACCAUGGCCUUGCAGGUGCCACCACAUCCUCCGCUCUGCUCCAUUUCCCCAGGGCAGGGAUGGAAUAGCUGUUAAUGAAGAGGCAUUUUGCCCCCUUGGCAUAAGGAAAUACUUGGUGGCUUUUAACGGUGAGGCCUUGCUAAGUGUCCGGGCCUGACAUCCGAGCCUCCUGUUCUGCUGUUGUGUUUCUUAUCCUGUAUCCUUCAUCAAAGUAGACAUAGCUCCUGUGCGUCAAGAAUUUCCUAUUGGAGUCCUGAGGAAAUUUUUUCUGUCAGUUUACUACUUUCUGGCCAAGAGUUAGCCUGAGUCUUACACACUUUUUUGUGGAGUGCCCCACUGAAGUGUCCUCUGCACUGGCCGAGCCAGUGAGUUUUAAUGUAAGCUCUUAAGUUAGAUCAGUCAAACUACGUGAGUCUGAGCUGUUUCCCUAACUCAGGGUGCUACAAACAAAAGACUUGCUCAGGAAAGCUUCAGAAGAGAACAGCUUCCGGUCCUGCUUCCCGUGACCCUCAGCAGCACACGGGAGGCAGGCCAGUGGAUUGCCAACUCCAUCGGGUCGCCUUAUUCCUGCUAAUCACUGUCAAUAAUGUCCUUUCAUUCUCCAAGGAAAGCGAGAAUGGAUACGGUGAACUGAACCUUGGUCAGUAUUGGGAAAGUUUACUGUUGCAAUAGCUAAUCAAAACCCAAGUGUACUGGUUCUGUGAACCACCCAAAAAAGCAAAUUAAAUACUAUUAAAACAGUAUUGAUCUUCA